CCCCGAGCUACCGGCUCAUUGACCGACUCAUUUCGAAAUCCGCCUGGACCAACACGCCAUGGGUGGCAAUCUCUCGACGAAACACGCCAAGACGAUCUUCGUCACACCGGACGGCGCGAUCGGCAUCACGUACGCUUACGCGCAAGAAUACGCCAAGCACAUGCCGUUCGAAAUCAAGAUGCCUGUGCUCACGCCCCGUCACGUUGCGCUCAUCAAGCAAAACUGGUCGGCCAUUUGCCGCGGCACAAACGCCUUCGACUCGACCAAGCACGGCUCGCCAGACAAGUUCUUUCACCGCACGUUCUACUCGCUUCUGUUUGCUGUCAUGCCGUCCCUUCGCUGCAUUUUCCGUUCGAGUUUGACGCUUCAAGGCAAAUCGCUGGCGUCGAUCAUCAAGGUGAUGACGGGCGUUAUGUCGACCAGCAACAUCGUUGAGCGAAUGCAGACGCUCGCGGAGGGCCACCUCAAGUUUGGUGUGCGUAAAGAUGAUUACACGACGAUGGGGGUCACUCUCAUCCGCACGUUGGAAGUGAUCAGUGGCAGCAUCUGGACGAAAGAAGUCAAGGAAGCGUACUUGACUGCGUACUGCUUUCUGUACUACCUCCUGCUACCUGUCAUUGCCAAACGCGCCCCCGAACCUGCGCAGGAAUCGUUGCCGUGCACAGUGUCGGCCAUUGAGGUCGUCGCGCCCAACGCGCGCCGCCUGACCCUCAACUAUGACUUUCCCCUGCGUUUCCAGCCCGGGGACGGCGUCCUUCUUGGUGCAGGCGACACCAAGCGCUGCUUCCCCAUUGCGUCCUUCCAUACCAAGCCCACACAUACGCUCGACAUUGUCGUCGACCUCACAACGUCCGACUGGCUGUGCCGUCAAGCAAUUGGGUCCAAGUUGCGGCUCUUUUGGAUCGAAUCGCACGUAAACUUUGAGAUCGACACCCCCGACAGUCUCCCUACCAACGUCCUCAUGGUCAGUCACGGGAUCGGGUGUGCUCCGUUUGUGGCCAUGAUGCAAGGUCUGCGCAGUGUCCGCGACGUGUACAACGGCCAUGUCGUGGCACUGCAGUGCGCCGACUCGAUCGAAGACGUCGAAGCGUUCCAGUGCCCUCAAGGCGUCGGCGACUACCCCAUCCAUUUCUCGCCUCAAGUGACCCAAGCCAAGCUGCUUGAAAUUGCGCCGUCGCUUCCCCAAUUUGAACUGUACGUGACUGGUCCCCGCGACUUUGUCGCGCAGGUCGAGCGCGAGUACUUGGCGGCCGGCGGACGCAAGCGCGUCCACGUGUAUUCGUUCGACAAGUACAACCGGUAAUUGUGUCACACGCCAAGGAGCCGUCGCUCCUCGCAGGAUGAUUCACGUUAAUUUAUUGCAUUCGUCGUGAGCA